AUGCCUUCGGGAUCCUCGCCUCCUAAACCGGGCGGCAUGCUGUCCCUAUACGCCAACCUGCUCGAUCCAUCCGCUGACAACUCGCCCGGGACAAUUUCUCGUGCGCCGGUCGUGUUUAAGCAAGCGGAAGGAGAAGGUCAAUCGGAAGAAGCGGCAAAAAAGCAGAUCAAUAACGCUCUUCGAUUUCAACCAACGAAACGCCCCCAACUAGCGACUCAAAAAUCCAAGCCGAAACCUGCUCUACCUAAAGCGGCUCCUGUAGCCCCGGCAGCCGCGCCUGUUAAAUCAACACUUGCCGAUUGGGCGGGCACCGAGGAAGACGACGUUAACGGGUUCUACGCCGGGCCCAAGAGGCAGCGCGGGGGUCGCAAAAAGCGCAAGAAGAACCGAGAAGCGCAAGAAUUCGUGCAGAACUGGGAUGAUAUCUACGACCCAUCGAGACCGAAUAUAUACGAAGAAUAUAAACACAGCGAUGAGCAAAUAUCGGAAGUUCGAGAAUGGAAGGACCGUUUAUACGCACACCGUAUGGCACGGUCACCGAGUCGAGACUCGUAUAGUGACGAAGAUUAUGGGCAUCCAGUGAACCGGCAAUUUGCGCCACCAAAUCAUUUUGCACCACCCCCCAACCUCAAUGAUAUCCCUCCUGCGCCCUCUGGCGGUGGUGAGGGUGCUACCUCUGGAGAGGGUGCAUUUGCACAACGAGCUCAGAUAGCCGCAAGUACAGCCCAUGCACCACCGGCGCACUAUUCGCCGCCUCCACCUCCACCAGAUGAAUCAGCUGCUCAAGUUCAGGAGGCGCCUACUGGAGAUGACGCUUACUUACGACGUCUUCAAAUGUCAGGACAGACCCAGCCUUCACAAGCUCCAUCAAAGCCAUUACACAGCAUCCAGGCACCUUCUGCAACAAUAUCACGUGCACCAGUUCGAUAUACGCUUCCCCCGGCCCCCGAUGAUAUCCCUGCUUCGGAAGCGGAGCUUGAAGAAGUCUUUGCCACAGAGCGACCAGCAGAAGAUGAGACAGGAGAGAGCGGGCAACGUUCACUCCGGCCUGGUCAGAAAGGGUUCGCCGAGCGGAUGUUGGCCAAGUAUGGAUGGACUAAGGGAUCUGGAUUGGGUGCCACCGGAUCCGGCAUUGCAAAACCUCUACAAGUUCAAGUCGAAAAGCGGAAGAAACGGCCAGACUCAGAGGGUGGCGGUUUUAUCACACCAGCUGGACGAGGCAAGAUUAUUGGCGGCCAAAGAAAGCAAGAGGAUGUGGGCAAAUUUGGUGCAAUGAGUGAAGUUAUCAUCCUGAAAGGGAUGCUGGAUGGUAUGGAUGUGGAUGCAGAACUGGCCGGCGCCGAAGAAGGUGGCUUAAUGCAAGAAAUAGGGGAAGAAUGCUCUGAAAAGUAUGGGCGCGUGGAGCGUGUUUAUGUUGCUCGUGAUUCCGGCCCACCGGUCCCGGUCUUUGUCAAAUUCACCAACCAAUUGUCUGCUCUUCGGGCCGUGAACGCCCUUGAAGGUCGGAUAUUCAAUGGCAACCCAAUAACCGCGCGCUUUUUCGACACUCAGAACUUCGAACAGGGCAUUUAUGAGAACUGA